ACUGAGGGAAGUCCCACAGCCGCCACCGUCUCUUCUCCUCUACGGAAGGAAUCUUUUUCUGAACGGCCUCCCUACUCUUACAUGGCCAUGAUCCAGUUCGCCAUCAACAGCACGGAGAAGAAGCGCAUGAUGCUGAAAGACAUCUACACCUGGAUCGAGGAUCAUUUCCCCUAUUUCAAGCAUGUUGCCAAGCCAGGCUGGAAGCAGCAAAAGCGUCCAACUCUGGAUCUGCAGAAGAACUUAAAAGACACCAAAGCGGAGCCCCAGACUUCCCGACCGAGGAUUAAGCCCUUGCUGCCACGGGUCAGUUCCUACUUGGUUCCGGUUCACUUCCCAGCAAGCGAGCCGUUUCAUCUUCAAUUGCCUUCAAGGCCACCUCUGCCUGCAGGCCAGACCGCUUUGGUGACCACGCAGAUCAACACAGGGGAAUGUCCUGCUCCAAAGAUCCUGCGCUCCAGCGAAGACCCGGUCCUGUCGCCUCCUCUGAGUUCCAUAAAGGUGGAACACUGUUGCGGGGAAGAGUCUUCUUCAUUAACCCUCCACCGCCCUCUUGAGGAAGGCAGCUGUACAGACGGCAGAAAUCCUUUGGCGGGAAUUCUGAGGGACAGUUUUCACACCCGGGACAGGGUCUCCUCUUUUGUCCCAGUAUGGCCUGUAAAGGAGGAACCAGUGGGAAGUGGUGAGGAGCAGGACCUCUAUGUCCAAGCAUCCCCCAUAAAACAAAAGAGAGGUCUCCUUACAGGUCUCCGGUCAUCCCCCCAGGGCAAGCUGGUUAUAAGGAAAAAAGAAUUGGGCAGAUCCAGAAGGAAACAGCACUUAGCCCUCUCUUCCUCCGAAGAACCAGUUCUCCUUCUGCCCCUCAGCGGUGGCUCAACUUCCUUCCCAAUGGGACACUGUCCGUCCAAUCAGAAGGAACCUCUAGGAACCCUUCUCUGUGGUCCAGAAGACGACCCUUCAGUGACUUGCAGGUUGCAGAUUGCUUCCACUCCAACUAAAACACCCGUAACCACCUCUACACCCCUGCCAACUACCGACCAGUGGAGGUUGACCCCUCUGGUUGACGAAAGGAGCAAGGUUGAUUUCAGUACUCCGAGAUCUUCUCCCUUGCCAUUCCUGUCCUUCCCGGAUAAUUUAGAUCUGGACUUUAACGAGAGCCCGCUGAGACAAUCCCUGGGUGAUUCUCCCCAGUGUCCACUUCUGAACGCAGAAACGGGGGAGAUGGUCCCUGGGCUCUUGAACACUUCUUCCCCAUCCAGCAAGGUGGCCUGUGAGUUUGCAGGGGACAAUUCCUUCCUGGAGGACCUCGCCUUGGACAACAUGCCCGAGAAUUGGAGCAAGCUCUCGCUAGACAUCAGUUUUCCGUACGCCGAGGAUGACAACUUGGAGACCGAUUUGAGCUGGUCCCAGCUUCUUCCCCAGCUGAAAUGA